GGCAGCCUCUUCGAUGGGCCGAGCGGUCUACAUCGACGUCGUCGGCAGCGCGAGCCUGAAGCUCACGCUGAAGAAGGACGUGCCCGCGCGCAAGGUCUGGGCGUCGCUGGCCUCGCGGCGCGUCGACGCGGCGACCCACGUCCUCGAGACGCCCGGCGGCGCCGUCCUGGGCAUCGACGACCUCGUGCUCGCGUCGGCGCCCGGCGCGGGCGACGUGCUGCUCGUCUGCCGCCGCCGGCCGCCGCCGCCGACGCCGCCGCCGGAAACGCCGCCGCCGCCGGAGACGCCGCCGCCGACACCGCCGCCGGAGACGCCGCCGGAGACGCCGCCGCCGCCGCCGGAGACGCCGCCGCCGCCGCUGCCGCCGUCGACGGCGGGCCUCCGCUGGCUCUACAUCAACGUCGCGGCGUCGGCGAAGCGGCGCGCCUUCGCCGAGGCCCAGGCCGCGAAGCACGGCCUCGCCGCGGCGCGCGUCGACGCCGCGACGCCCGCGGACGCCGCGGCGCUCGCCGCGGGCCUCGGCGUCCCGACGGCCCACCUCAUGGCCGGGUCCGACGAGUGGCACGGCGGCGCGGCGAACGCGAUCUGCCUCUCCUGGCUCCGCGCGCUCCGCGCGGCGGCGGCGGCGGACGCGCCGCUCGUCGCCGUCGCCGAGGACGACGCGGCGCCGCACCGCGACUUCUCGACGCGCGCGGACGCGCUCCUCGCGAACCUCUCCGCGCGCGCGGCCGUCGACGCGGUCUGGCUCCACGCGCGGGGCCACGCGCGCGUCCGCGACACCUGCGGCGACGCGGCCUGCGCGGACGAGGUCGUCUCCGUCUUCUCGAUCGACGUCGACGGCGACGGUGACGUCGACACGCUCUCGGCGUCCUACUUCGAUGACACGAUCGCCUGGUACGAGAACGACGGGUCCCAGUCCUUCACGGAGCGCAUCAUCACGACGCUGGCGAACGGCGCUGUUUCCGUAUUCGCGCUCGACGUCGACGGCGAUGGCGACGUCGACGCGCUUUCGGCGUCUCGCGAAGACGACACGGUCGUGUGGUACGAGAACGACGGCUCCGAGUCCUUCGCGGAGCGCGUCAUCACGAGCUCGGCGGACGCCGCCCGCUCCGUCUUCGCGAUCGAUGUCGACGGCGACGGCGACGUCGACGCGCUGUCGGCGUCCUACAACGACGACACAGUCGCGUGGUAUGAGAACGACGGGUCCCAGUCCUUCACGAAGCGCAUCAUCACGACGCUGGCGGACUUCGCCUACUCCGUCUACGCCAUCGACGUCGACGGCGACGGCGACGUCGACGCGCUUUCGGCGUCUCGCGACGACGACACGGUCGUGUGGUACGAGAACGACGGCUCCGAGUCCUUUGCGGAGCGCGUCAUCACAACGCUCGCGGACAACGCCCGUUCCGUCUUCGCCAUCGACCUCGACGGCGACGGCGACGUCGACGCGCUGUCGGCGUCUUUGAACGACGACACGGUCGCAUGGUACGAGAACGACGGCUCCCAGUCCUUCUCCGAGCGCGUCAUCACGAAUCUUGCAGACUCCGCCCGCUCCGUCUUCGCGAUCGACCUCGACGGCGACGGCAACGUCGACGCGCUGUCCGCUUCCGCCUAUGACGACACGGUCGCCUGGUACGAGAACGACGGGUCCCAGUCCUUCACGGAGCGCGUCAUCACGACGCUGGCGGACGGCGCCCGCUCCGUCUUCGCGCUCGAUGUCGACGGCGACGGCGACGUCGACGCGCUGUCGGCGUCCUACGACGACGACACGGUCGCGUGGUACGAGAACGACUGCGAGACGCACGCGCCGACGACCGCGCUGCCGACUUCAACACCAACUUUUGCAUUGCUCGCGACGCGCCGUCCUUCGACGGCCGCGCCGUCGGAUCGCCCGACGCCCCGCCCGACGGUGCCGUCGACGUGCCUCGUGCCGCACCCGGCCUACGUCGGCGACGGCGCCUGCGACCCGGGCGCCUACAACAGCGAGGCCUGCGGCUACGACGGCGGCGACUGCUGCGAAUCGACCUGCGAGGACGGCCCCGUCCACGCGUGCGGACGAACGGCCUACGCGUGCCUCGAUCCGGCGGCCGUCGAGUUCGUCCCGACGACCCCUUCGCCGACGCCGGCGCCGAGCGCGAAGCCGACGCCCGCGCCGAGCCCGCGGCCGGGAAGCCCGACCGCGUCUCCCACGACCGCGGCGCCCGCGCCCGCGCCGAGUGGCGCGCCCUCGCGGGCCCCGACGGCGCUCGCCUGCGAGGCGGGCGCCUCGAUCUACAGCCUCGAAAUGUUCGAUUCCGGCCUCGACGGCUGGACCGACGCCUUCUUCUCGCUCUACUCCGAAAGCGGGGACCGCGUCUUCCACGCGACGCUCGACGCCGGAGCGACCGGGACGGAGCGCUUCUGCCUCGCCGACGGCUGCCUCGCGGCAUCGGUGAACGGCGACGGCCUCUUCCCGGAGGAGGUCUCCUGGACGCUCGGCGACGUGACCGGUGGUGCUCCGACAGAAAUGUCCAUGCUAUUCUCCGGCGGAGACGUCCAGGAGUCGUGCUCCACGGAGCUGCCCACGCGCGCUCCCUCGUCCGAGCGGUCGCUCACGCCGGCGCCGACGACGACGACACUCGCUCCGACGAGUCUCGCGCCCUCGCUCCAGCCGACGGCGAGCGCGGCGCCGACGGUCGUCGCGUCUCCCGCGCCGACGUCGGUACCCGCGACGAGCCCCGCCUACUGCCGCCUCCAAAGCACGGAGGCCUGCUGGGGCAACACGCACCGCUUCCGAGAAAGUCGCCUCGGGUCUCUGGACACGGCCCUCGACGCGGCGUUCGCGUUCGAGGACGUCGACGGCGACGGCGACGUAGACGCCGUCGUCGCGACGGACGGGUCGAUGUUCUACCUCCGGAACGACGGCGGCGAGUUCGUGUGGAAGCCCUUGGAGGAGAUGCGCGUCGGGGCGAGGACGCGCCCGGCACUCGGAGACGUCGACGGAGACGCGGACGUGGAUCUCGUGUUGGGCACCGCCGCGGGCCGGAUCGACUACCUCGAAAACGCGCGAG